GUGUACGUCGUGACGCACUAGAUGGCGUAAAACUCCCACAAAGCAAACUCAAAAGUUCUCAGGAGACGCAGGUUGUAAUCCGGCGCUGGUGCUGGUUAGCUUUUCUUAUUGACAUACGAAAGAGCGAUGGUUAUGGUGGUGGCAUAAAACAACUGCAAAUCCUGUUUGCCAGCUGCAUUAUUUUGUAUCCACACUCGUGCUGUCCAGAUUACAAGCACGCGCUGCGCACACCUGUGACCUGAGGUAACGUUAGUGAUGGAGUGGCGACAGCAAUCAUCCAUGGAUUACGAGACUGCUUUCUCAGAAGCACAGAGAUGGAUUGAGGCAGUCACUAAGAAGAGGUUUGGGAGCUGUAAUUUCCGGAGUUCUCUGGAGAAUGGAGUACUGUUGUGUGAUCUGAUCAACAACAUCAGGCCCGGCAUCAUCAAGAAACUAAACAGGCUAUCCACGCCUAUUGCUGGCCUGGACAACGUCAACCUCUUCUUGAAAGCCUGCGGCAAACUUGGACUAAAUCAAGCCCAACUUUUUGACCCAGGAGAUCUGCAAGACUUAUCUACACGCGCAACUGUCAAGCGCCAAGAGAGCAGCAGGAGGCUCAAAAAUGUUCUGAUCACGUUAUACUGGUUGGGCAGAAAGGCACUUGCUGAUCCUUUUUAUAAUGGACCUUACUUAAAACUAAAAGCUUUUGAAGGAUUGCUCGGCACAGCACUAUAUAAGGCACUAGAGGAUUACACAUCACUGCAGGGCAGUGCACGAAAGGGCUCUUGUAGUGAUAGCUGGUACUCAGAGAAGGAAGAGCUCUUAACGUUACAGGCCGGUCACAAGAGAGAAGACUCGCUCGACAGUCUCGAUUCGCUGGACUCCAGAACUUCUAGCACAUCACCAGACGCUACACUUAAAGGCACCAGCGAGGGUUGUGGAAGUGACCCUGAGGCCGAUCUGAGCUUCAUGAUGUCAGAGAGUAAAGAAUACAGACGAUCGCUGGUCGUAACUCCAAAGGUCGCGGCUCAGUUCAACCAGUUCCUGCCGACCAAAGACAAGGCAUCAGGUUAUGUUCCAGCACCACUGCGUAAGAAACGUGUAGAUCGAAAUGAAGAAAACAGGCAAAGCUGGGGUGCUCCCCUGUACACAGAUGAAGAUGGCAACUUUUCCAGUCGUGGGAGAGCUGCUUCAGACCCCUCCUCUGUCCCCGAGUUGAAAUCCCUGUCUCCCCACCUGUCUCGGGCUAAUGAGUACGAGAGCAGUGAUUCGGAUGCAGAUCGACCAGAUCCCGACCUGGUUCUAGAUGACCUCGCUAGCCGUAGAUUUCACAGCCCCUCCCGUGACGCACCGACCAACUUUGCCAUACCUAUGAACCCGCUGAAGGCAGCUGCUAUCCCACGUACCCACCGACCACAUGUGACUGUCACUAACAUCCCCCGGUUGACCCACCUCAGCACUCAGUCACAGCCUCUUCAGAAGACUUAUAGAAGGCCUGGAUCGGCUGGUCUCGCCAAUUACGAUGACUCUGAAGAGGAGGAUGAGGAGUUUGGCUAUGCUGACCCUGUUCAGGAUGACCUUUAUACCCGUAAAGUAGGCCUGGUGCUUCAACCGUCUGCCACUGUGCCUUUUGAUAAAUUUCUACCCAAGUUUUGGACACCUGAAGAGGAUGCACAUGUGAAGAAGAUAAAACUGGGAUCCCAGCGCCGCCCUUGGUAUAGAAAGAUCCAAGGAUUCAGUGGCACGAGGUCUGGUUCCUUCUCAGACGACUCAGAUGGUGACAUCAGUCCCUGGCUCUCCGUUCCCCCUUUUGCACGCACUCAGUCUGAACCCCCUCCCUCUCACCCCCAUACACCUGAAGACCACGCCCACCCCAGCCUCACCACCAAUGCCAGUUUACAAACACCCGUGGUUGCUCAGCAGAGCCCUGAGCCGCCUAAGUUAGAUGCUCCUGAUUUUUGGCCUCGGCCGGAUCCCACCUCUGGCCCCAGACUCAUAAAAUGUGAAAAGCGGCCCCUCCUUGGGCGUGAACACCCCAAUGACCCAUACAAUGUUUCUGCAGACAUCCUGCCUGACUUGGAAAACGAUGACAUGUUUAGUCGUCGUACUAAAACAUUUCACUCCAACGAUGACUUGGCCAAAUUAAAGUACGGCAAAUUUCUGGUCCCCCGUCGCAGAUCGGCAAACGAUGUUACUGUGGUUAUGCCCCGGCGUGAGGGAGAACCUAUAUACCCUGACAUAGAAAAAGAUGAUCUGGUUUUUCGUAAGAUUCAACAGCUAUUAAUUGAACGGCCUCUGUCUGGGGCUCCUGAUAAGUACCACCCUGUGCCCAUUCCAGAGCUAUUGAUGUUGCCACCUAAACUCCAGGCCAAGGUGAUGUGGGCCCCAUGUGAACCCAGACAACGACAACAUAAGCCAGAGAUUAAACAUGAAGAGCACUUGAAAGCCGAUGAUAUGCUGCUUAGGAAGCUUAAAGCAUUAAAUACACAAGGAAUUGCAAAUCCUACUGGUUCGAGUUUAGCUGUUCCCAGUGUUCCUUCAUCAUGCAGUGAGGAAGACCUGCAGAAAUGGCAAACCAUCAGAGAGUCCAGUCGUCUGACAUACAGAAAGAGGCUGAUAGCGGAGAGACUGCUGACGGAAAGCCCUAGUAAUGAUGGGAGCAAAUCAGUAAGUGAUUUCACAGAGCAGAUGAACUUGAACAACAUGAGCAGGGAGCUGCGCUUUGAAGAGCUGAGGAAGAUGCGUGAACAGAUGAAGGAGAGCGAGGAGAAGUGGCAAGAUGAUCUUACAAGGUGGAAAAACAAGCGCAGAAGUGUAAAUUCUGAUAUUGUAAAGAAAAAGGAGGAAAGAGACGAGAUCGAGCAGGUCACUACAGAUAGCGGUUUCAGGAGAUCAAAGACCUUCAGUGAAAUGCAGGAUGACAGAGAGAGCCGAGGUCGCUACAGGAACAGCUUUAAUUUCAGUAGCGAUGAUGUUUUUGAAGAACCCGUACCAAGAGUCAGAACAUUGCCACCACGUAGCUACACCAUCGACACCCCUUACGCACCUACAGACAAAGCUUCAGUGCCCUCUGUUCCAUCACUAAAGGAAGAGGAACCUGUUGCUGGCACCCCGGCGUUAGACGAUACCGAUUUACCUGUCAAACGUGAGCGUUCAAGCUUCUCACAACGCAACGUGACGAACAACGUUCUUGAAAGCCAAACAACUACCCGAAGCCUUCUGGAUGAUCCAGUACCAGUUAUCUCCAGCAGCAACGCCAGCCAGAUUAAACCCACCAGCCAGAUCAAGCCCACCAGCAUCAGUACACCCAGCACCACCAGCAUCAGUAAAACCAGUACCACCAGCACCGUUCUUGAAAGCUCUCAACAGUCAAAGUCGAUUAGCAGCACAAAGCCGGUUGAGAACUCCAGCGGCCCUGUUGCCUCUUUGUAUAAGCCUAGAUCAGUAGAAACAAAGCAGCCCGAUCAAGUUCCUACCCCCCUUCCCAGGAUCUACCCGAGAUCAGAUAGCGCCAGACUGACCUCUGUAGUCACGCCCAGGCCGUUCGGCACGCAGUCUAAUCGAAUUGCCUCCCUUCCCAGAACAUUUACGGUGGAUGACUCUCAAAAGCGAAUGAACGGUGACGGCCUCAGAAAACCCACAGUUCCCAGCCGAUAUGCACAGUUUGCCACAGAGGAUGAAAAUCUCUCUCAGGGCAGCCCUGCACAGAGCAGUAAUGAAGAAGAGGAAGAGGAGAAAUCAGCAGCUCAUACACUCUCAUCUGUUCCUCUGGUCAACAGGGUGUCUCCCCUGUCCAAAACGUACUCCCCCCAUAGCUCUCCCGAUAAGGAGGACUACAGCGACAUGAGGAUCAGCCUAAACCAGAAACCCAACAGCAGCCAAGAUUUCGGCUUCCAGUCUAACUGGGACUCCACAGGGGUCCGGGUGAAAUCUGUAGUGCCAGGCAGCCCAGCAGAGCUCGGUCAGUUGAAGGUUGGAGAUGAGAUCCUUAUGGUGAACGGACACAAGGUGGCAGACAUGAGCUAUAAUGAGUGGAAGAACAGGAUGGAUGAGGCCCUUAAACAGGGCGCUCUUCUUAUGGACAUCCGCAGUUAUGGCAGGAACAACUGGGGCAGAGACCAACCUUCCCUUCCAUUUAAAAGCCAUAAGACCAUCAAUCUGACCAGUCUGGAUCCUUUAGGUUCUCCUGAGUCACACUUCAAUGCCAACCUGGAUUUCACAUCCCAAGCCAAGGACACUGUUGUGAAAACUGUGAACGUCAGCUCGCAGCCUGCCAAUAUUUAUGGCUCAAAUGGCAUAAAUGGUGGUUUACGUGAGGAGUCUGGAGCAGUGAAUUAUCAAGAGUCCAUUUCUUUGAAAAACUUAAAAAGGAGAUCAGAGUUUUUUGAACAAGGCUCGGCAGGGCUGUCAGUCAGUUCUCUGGUGUACCUCUGUGGUGGCACUGAUACAGCGACACCAAAUUUGCCUACACCCUCCAUUACUACAUCCUCCAUCCGCUCGUCCUGGGACCAGGAGGAUGAGCGCAAACGACAGGAGAAAUGGCAGAAAGAACAGGAACGGUUGUUGCAGGAGAAGUACAAAAAAGACCAAGAAAAACUUGAGGAGGAGUGGAAAAAGGCCCAGCAGGAGUUUGGAGAAUCGAGUUUCAGAAAUAAUAAGAGUGAAACUCUGCAAGAGGCCUCCAGAUUGCAAGAAGAAGAAAAGAGGAGAAGAGAGCAGGAGAGGCAGCGUUUAGAGGAAGAGAGGAGGAAAAGAGAGGAACAACAGCGCCUUGAGGAAGAGAGGAAGAAGAGGGCAGAGGAAGAGCGCCUGCGUCAGGAAACAGAGAGGAAGAGAAGAGAGGAGGAGAGGAGGCAACAGGAGGAGCAGAGGAGACUUCGGGAGCAAGAUAAGGUGAACUCCUCUGGCUCUACCAAUGCUUACCGUAACUUAUCCUACUCACACAGGUCCUUGUCCAAAUCUACUCCAGAGCUCGAUGAAGUAACAAAACCAGAUAUUAAAGGUGUGUACGGCAGGCACAGGGGUUUGGCGGGAUGGCUGCUGGAAGAGGAACUGAGGCGUAAGAAAAACCCUCAGGUCCAAAGGCAGCUGGCAGCGAGUGAGCUCGAGCUCGAGAGGAGGAGCAUCAUUAAUGCCAUGAAAUACAGAAACCCGGAAAGAGCAGCGACCGGAGGUCUGGUUGAAGUCGACCGAGACUACAAGAAAGAGCCACAGUCACAGGCUGAAUUGGAUAGGCAGCAGAUCCUUCAGGAGAUGAAGAAGAAGACUUCCUUAAACACGGACAAAAGCUGGAUUCGCCAGCAGUCCCUUUUCAACAACACACAGAAAGAAUCUGUCAAUCUGCCAAUGAGGAGAGGCGAGUCUCUUGACAACCUUGAUGCGCCUCGUUCUUCCUGGAGAUCAUCUUGGGCACCUUCUAGUACCUCCGUACCAGACUACAGCCGGCCCUACUCGGCAUUCUCUAAUUCCUCAACAUACAAUAGUGGACGUCCAGGGUCUGUUGCUCUGCACAAUUCUCAGUCUAUGAACUCGCUGAGACAAUCUAUUUCACCAGAGCCAGAGACUCAAGCUACACCACGAAACAGGUCAGUGAGUGGCAGGAAAAUCUGUUCGUAUUGUAAUAAGCCACUGGGCAAAGGAGCAGCCAUGAUCAUCGAGUCCCUGGGGCUCUGUUAUCAUUUGACUUGUUUCAAGUGCAUUAACUGCAGGUCUGAAUUGGGGGGGUCGGAAGCUGGAGCAGAAGUCAGAAUACGAAACCAACAGCUUUACUGUAACACCUGCUAUAUGCGACUCAAAACUGGGCAGCCCACCGCCAUGUGACCUCACUGUAUUGCAGCAGAUCGAGGAGGAACCAAUCACAGAUAAGGAACUGUAAACACAAGAUCUUGGUGGAGAAGUGAUGAACAUUGGGUGAUUUAACAAACCAUGAUUAUUCAGUGAGCUUCUAUUCUUGUUUUUUACUGAGUGGGUGAGAUUCCUAAGUUUAAGUUUAUGCCAAAGUAUUAGCAAUUGUUUAUAUGAACGGGAUGUGCAUGUACCGAAAUAUUGAAAAUUCAUACACUUGUCUUUUUCAUCAUUGAAAGAUUCUGAUUAUUUCUGGCUGGCUUAACUGUUGUCUAUAUAAUCUUAAAAGUGUUUAAGAUAGAAAUGUACUAUUUUAUUGCAUUGCUUAUCUCUGUUUCUGCGGUCUUUGCUAUAUGAGGGUUUGCUGAAAUAUUCAGCUUUUUUGACUUUAUUGUCUGUGUGCCUUUUUCUGUUCUGAUGGGAAAGGUAAUUAAAGAGAAAGCAUUAUAAAUUUAUUUGACAGUGGUAUGGUUAUUAGUCAGCACUCAUGAGUUAUUUUAUUGAAAGCAUCUAUUAUGUGUGUCUUUGUAAGUCCCUUGCAGGGGUAAGUGAGGAAUGUUUAAAAGCUAGAUAUUCUGCAAUUAUUGUAAAUAAAUAAAAACAAAACCGUAA